AUGUACAUUCUUGUGUUGCUAUCGAGAAUAUUCAACCGCGAGCGAGAGAGCUUAAUCUACUUGAAGCAAGUCCAACUUGCUAGAUUGGCUGAGUUGCUUUUUAUCGCGUUUGAAAUUCAUGGCUGCAUACUAGAACCCUCUACAGCCCAAAAUGAUGAGGAAAAACUCGAAAUCGAAGACGGUAACCGCCUCUCCGUGAUCGCCGGUGAUUUUCUGAUGGCAGCAGCGAGUUCGCAACUAGCUGAAAUCGAAAAUCAAACCGUCGUCGCUCAAAUUUCAAAGUCUAUUGCUGAUAUCUCCUCGGGAACUCUGUAUGAUCUUUCUGUGCUAGGCUCAGAAGAGGAAUGGCUACACGCAAAGUCUCAAAGGGAUCUAUCUCUCGUAAAACGGGCUGCCUGGUCGACUAUAAUUCUACAGGAAGAACAAUUCAACGAAGAAAAGCUAAUAGGCAAGGAUGUAGCCGAUCACUGUGGGAAGUUCGCUGCUGAUUUAAUGUUGUUAAAAUGUAUUAACGAUGACAUCUCGAAAUAUACUUCUGGUCAGACUGAAGCUAGAAACCUCUUGCCCACUCUUUACCAGGCAAAUGGAUUGUCAAGUGCCAAGAUAUUAUCAGAAGAAGUGUAUGAUCGCUGCACAUCAUCUCUUGAAGUUUUACCUGAUUGUAACGAAAAGAAGAUUUUUGAAGAUUACACUAAUAUGCUAAGGCUACCGAAAUAG